AUCGGCUCGGGUUUGUUCUCCCCCGAUCGACCCGAUCGCAUCGAGGUAGCUUCUUGCGACAGAUUUUCCCGUCCCUCUUUCUCCCCUACGCGGGGAGGGAAGAUCGAUUCUUUCGUCGUUCAUCGUUCAUCGGCCGCGCACGCGGAAGACGAGACGACGGGAGACGACGCGUGAUUGACAGUUGGAACGCGAGGACGGAUAGAGAGGUAGACUUGACACCCCAGAUAAAUCCCAUCAUUGCGAGGCCAUCGAGGAUCGAUCACCGUGACCUAACCUAAGCUAACCUUGAAGGCGUGAACUAUCGCCACUAAUUGCUCGAUUGCAAGAGACGCGAGGUUCUAACGUGAUACUGUCUCGAAUACCGUGCAGCAGAUAUCGCUCUCUCCAAAAUGUCCACUCCUCAGACUCCAGGUAUGGACCCCUGGAUGAUCCAGCCUAGAGAAAGAUUGAGAUAUCAAGAACAAUUCGAUUCGUUGAAACCGAUCAAUGGUAUUGUCACUGGUGAGCAGGCAAAAGGAUUUCUCCUUAGAUCUCAACUGCAGCCUGCUAUUCUUGGACAGAUAUGGGCAUUAUCAGACACAGAUGCAGAUGGCAAGAUGGACAUAAAUGAGUUCAGUAUUGCAUGCAAAUUGAUCAAUUUGAAACUGCGCGGUUUCGAAAUUCCCAAAGUACUGCCACCUGUUCUUGUACAGAGUUUGAAGUCUUUGUCAUCCGACAUUUUAGGCGACGCUAACCUGACUGGAUUGCCGAAUGGUUCUACCGCUCCAAGUAAUGUUAGCUCUCUAGUAAAUUUAAGUGGACAUCAAUCGAUAGUAUCUCAAACUGUUGCAAGCGCGAUACCCACGGCUGGAAAUACCCUUAUAGCAUUACAACAAAAUAGACAGAUUGUGGCUCCAAGCACACAUGCCACAACUCAUAUAUCGUCUAAGCCACCCGCUCGACCCGCGCCACCUUCUGUGGGAAUCGCGCCUCCUCUUAAUACCAAUAGUCCCCCGCAAAGACCUGCACCACCUACAAAUUUCGGAAAUAAUUUUACGGCAACGACAGGUGGUGGUCCGCCACCAAAACCAGCACCACCUUCGUUUCCAAAUAGUCCUACAGGAAUCUCGCCAAUGAAAGUUACAACUUCUGUCGUUGGUCCUGCAGUUGUUUCUGCGUCCCCAUCGAUACCUGCCUCUGGAAUAGGUAUCCCAUCAGUAGCACCUAUCGCCCCUUUAAACACAACUCCUGUACCAAUUGCUGCCUUUAAUAUGGCACAACCAAUGCCGACGCAACCGUUAGGCAUGGUUAAUGCAGGAAUGGUUACUUCUAUGACUGGCAUUCCUAGUAUGGUACCAUCCAUUGGAUCAAUAAAUACAGGUACUGGAGUUUCUCCAUCAGUAGCAUUACCAUUAGUAUCCACGACAGCGAACGGAACAUUGGUCAAUGGGGCAAUCACACAAACGCCAGUAUCUACGAAUACACCUUUGAGUACAACAGCACGUCCACCAAGUAUAGACAGAGUAGGCUCCGUGGAUUCACAGCACAGCCAGCAUUCCGUUGGCUCUCCACAAUCUGUAGAAUGGGCGGUGCCGCAUCAGACCAAAUUAAAAUAUACUCAGUUAUUUAAUACUUGGGACAGAACGAGAUCUGGCUUUUUGUCUGGGCCUCAAGCAAGAAAUAUCAUGGUGCAGUCGCAACUGCCACAACCUAUACUUGCUCAAAUAUGGGCUCUAGCUGAUAUGGAUUCGGAUGGACGUUUAGGUUCUGAGGAAUUUGUGCUUGCAAUGCAUCUUUGCGAUAUUGCUAAAAUCGGUGAAAACAUACCUACAACGCUUCCACCAGAACUUAUCCCGCCCACAUUUAGACGGCAACGUCAAAGCAGUUUAACGCUAUCUCAAAAUGCAACAGAAAAUAUCGAUCCAUUAGCGGGCAUGCCACAGACUUCAUUUGAAGAUAAACGUAAAGAGAACUUUGAGAAAGGUCAAGCGGAAUUAGAACGUAGGCGUAAAGCAUUAUUAGAAAUUCAGCGAAAGGAACAGGAAGAACGGGAACGCAAAGAGAGGGAGGAGGCUGAGAAACAAGAGAAAAUAAGACUAGAACAGGAGAGGCGUAGACAAGCAGAAAUCGAGAAACAAAUGCAGAGGCAAAAGGAAAUUGAACAGGAGAAAGAGGAACAACGGAAACGUGCGCAAGAACAAAAAGAGGCAGCACGCAAGGAAAUGGAGAGACAGCGACAAUUGGAAUGGGAACGACAAAAGUCACAAGAAUUGCAAGCACAAAGACAAAAAGAGCAAGAUAUUCUUCUCAAAUUAAAAGCGAAAAAUCAGACCUUGACCAUCGAACUUGGAACACUUAACGAUAAAGUGAAGGAAUUGUCACAAAAGAUUUGUGAUACUCGAGUAGGAGUAUCAGGUGUUAAAACGACUAUUGAUGGUAUGAGAUCAACGAGAGAUACGCAGUUACAAGAAAUGGCCGCGUUAAAGAAUAAACUUCGGGAACAAAAUCAAAGAUUAUUAGCAUUGAGUCAAGAGAAAGCACGUAUUGAAGCGAGAAAUAAAAUUAAUGCGGCGCAAGAUGCAGCCGGACAAGAGGCUAUUAAAAUGGCUUUUGACAAUAAACAAAUUACUCUUAAGCAGAUGAAAGAUAAAAUAAUAGAUUUACAACAGCAGAUCGAUUCCAAAAUGUCUGAUAUUGAAAAUAAUAAUACUCAACUUGAAGAUAUUAAAACACAAAUGAAAAAUUUAGUAGUGGAUUGUAAACAGCUUUAUGUUACUUUUGAUGAAAAAAAGCAAAAAGUAAUCGAACUUCGGUCAAGCAGUAAUGUCUCAGCUGCCGACUUUGCCACAUCCGCAUGGGGUGAUAGUGGUUGGGGAGAUGCACCUGCCAGCGAUACAGCUUGGCCUGUAAACGACACUGCUGCCAGCCCAGAAAAUGAAGCUGCAGUUGUAGGUGUCCGCAAAUACAGAGCUCUUUAUGAAUUUGUGGCGCGAAACCAAGACGAAAUAUCAUUUCAACCUGGUGAUAUUAUAUUAGUACCACCUGUACAAAACGCUGAACCGGGAUGGAUGGCAGGAGAAAUUCGUGGUCACACUGGCUGGUUUCCCGAAUCUUACGUGGAGCCAAUUGAUACUGGUGCAACUGAUUUGGACAACGAACGUACUUUUAUACAACAAGACAGUGUAGAGAAGAGAACGUUAGAAGGAAUAGCGGAAGUUCCCGAGAAUGUAUCUGAUGCGGGAUCAUUAGGGGGAGAAGCCCCAGUAGUGGAAGCUAUUAUACCUACUUUAGGAUUAGGUACACCUUGCGCUAUACAAGUUACAACUUUGUUUCCUUACCGACCUACUAUGGAGCAACAUCUUUCCUUUGAAAAAGGAGAAACUAUCAAUGUUUCUGAGCAACAGGACGACUGGUGGUAUGGUUCAACCAACACUGGAAAUAAUGGUUGGUUCCCCAAAUUGUAUAUAAAAGAAGUAAUCACAAGCACCAAAGACACUGCUGCUGACGGUCUUAACGAAUAUUAUGUUGCUCUUUAUCGAUAUGAUUCGACUGAAACCGGCGAUCUUAGUUUCAAUCAAGGUGAACUUAUAUUAGUUACGAAAAAAGAAGGUGAAUGGUGGACCGGUUGUAUAGGGAAUAAAAGUGGGAUCUUUCCGUCUAAUUACGUAGAAAAAUACAACGUUCCCAGUCAGGAUGUAUCUUUAUCUACUAACGUUCAGUCUACUACUGUUGCUGCAACUGAGGAAACAAAGAACGAAACUGAUAUUAUGGCGACCGUAACAGCUCAACAGGUAGAGAAAACGGCAGAGCAGCUAGAAGAUGAGAGAGCAGCUGCUGAAGAUAGAGCGGAAUUACCAGAUUUUACUGCUAUGGCCGCUCAGCAGUACUACAAGAGAGGAAGAAAACCAGAAAUUGUUCAAGUUAUUGCACCUUAUCAAGCAACAAGUUCAGAACAAUUAGACUUGCAAAGAGGACAAUUAAUAAUGAUUCGUAAAAAGACUGACAGCGGUUGGUGGGAAGGAGAGCUUCAGGCACGCGGUAAAAAGAGGCAGGUUGGUUGGUUCCCAGCAACUUAUGUUAAACCUUUAACUAGUAGCAGUAAUAGAAGUACACCUGUCUCACAUGGAUAUCAAGAUUCUCCAACGGAUCCGAAUAUUGAACGCGUUAUGGCUCUGUAUCCUUAUCAAGCACAAAAUGAAGAUGAAUUAAGUUUUGAAAAAGGUGACGUUAUAUCGGUACUUGCUAAGGAAGAGGCGUCAUGGUGGAGAGGCGAAUUGAAUGGUGUAUCCGGCGUCUUUCCGAGCAACUACGUAUCACCUAUGUCAAAUGAAUUGAUGAUCGAUACAGUGAUGUAUCAUAAUCCUAUGGAGAGAAAACGCCAGGAACAUAUCAAAGAGCUAAUCGUGACUGAACAAGCUUACAUAGAAGAUAUGAGAUUAGUACAUGAGGUAUUUGAAAAACCGUUAAUUGAAAGUUUAGUCCUAAGUGUUGACGAGAUAGAGAGGAUAUUUAUCAACUGGAGAGAUAUUAUUGCAUGUAAUGAUAAUUUCUUGAGGACUCUAAGGAUACGAAGAGAUAACAGUUAUAACGGAAUAGUUCGAAUGAUUGGCGAUAUAUUGUGUGAAAAUAUACCUAGGAUGUCAGCUUACAUAAGAUUUUGUAGCUGCCAAAUAUCUGCUGCGACAUAUCUGCAGCGUUUAACGGAGACUUCGCCAGAAUUCGUUCGAGUCGCACAGGCAUGUCAACAAGACCCGCGAACGAAGGGGAUGCCGCUAAGUUCAUUUUUAAUUAAACCGAUGCAAAGGAUAACAAAGUAUCCGCUCAUCAUUAACAAAAUUUUAGACUAUACGCCGAUAGAUCAUCCUGAUAGGCAGUAUCUGCAGGAAGCAUUAGCCAAGUCUGAGGAGUUUUGUACUCAGGUAAACGAAGGCGUUAGGGAAAAAGAAAAUAGCGACAGACUGGAAUGGCUACAAUCACACAUUAUAUGUGAUGGACUUGAAGAGCAGCUUAUUUUUAACUCGUUGACGAAUUCCUUAGGACCACGAAAACUGUUACAUUUCGGUAUACUUCAUAAGUCAAAAAGUGGUAAAGAACUCGUCGGCUUCCUCACGAAUGACUUCCUACUAUUCGUCCAAUCAAUAAAAUUCUCCUUGAACUGCCAACAAUUUUCAUUCGAACGUAACGAGCAUCAGAAAUUUAAGAUGUACAGGAAGCCGAUAUUUCUCAAUGAAUUGUCUUUGUUCGGAGAAAGCGAUGGAAACAGUAGUCUGAGCGGAAGUGACGUAGCAGACAAUUCAUCGAAAACUCUAAGAUUGAAAGAUCAAAAAAAGUCGAUAAUAUUAUUAGCACCGUCUGCCAAUGAAUGUUCACUAUGGUCGAAACGAAUUAUAGGAGCACGUAGGAGGUUUUUAGAGAAUGAGAAGAAUUGCCUGCAAAAACAACGAUCAAAACAGGCGCAAUUUGGAGCGUGCGGCAGAAUUCUUGUCACUGUACUCGAAGGUUUCAACUUGAAAGUUCCGUCCGGAAAGUGUAAUGCAUUCUGCAAAGUAUCUAUGGGCUCUCAAGAAGAAAGAACGGGUGUCGUAUCCGGAAGUGAUUGUCCUUUGUGGGAUGCGUCGAUGCAGUUCCAAGUCAAAGAUUUGUUCGAGGAUACCCUUUGCAUCACCGUGUUCGAUAAAGGGUACUAUAGUCCUGAUGAGUUCCUUGGCCGCGCUGAAAUUAGAGUGGCCGACAUAACGAGAGAUAGCAAAAAUUCUUGCGGACCAAUUCAAAAGAGAAUUAAGCUACAUGAAGUUGAAAGUGGCGAAGUCGUUCUCAAGCUUGAUCUCCGAUUGUUUGGAUAAAAUGUAUGUUACGAAAACUUCUAAUCUAAAAGUAUACGCAUUUAUAUAAAAAUUUAUAUAAGACUUGUAUGAUAAGUACGUAAUAGAAAAAAAGAAAAAAUG